AUUGGUCUCAACGUGAGAGACACUAAGAAAGAAGACUAUGAACAAGUAAGCAAUGGACGUGCGUUCAUGUUUGUUUUGGUCUGCGCCUCCCUUUACAUUCUAAUUAUUUUAAUCUAA